AUGGACAAGUAUACGAAAGUGAAGAACAUUGGCAAGGGCAACAUGGGCACCUGUACCCUUGCCCGCAACAACGAGGAUGGCAAGUACUACGUCAUCAAGCAGGUGGAUCUCACACGGAUGAGCAAGAAGGACCGGCAGCAGAGCCUGAACGAGGCGCGAGUACUGAGUUCGCUUCGACACCCGAACAUCAUCAACUAUGUUGACAGCUUUCUAGCCCGCAAGUCGGACAAUCUUUGCAUUGUGAUGGAGUACGCCGAAAGCGGCGACGUUUGCACGCGCCUGAAGAAGAAUUACGGUGUAAACGUGCCGGAGCGGCAAGUGUUGGAUUGGCUCAUACAGCUGGUGCUGAGUCUCGACUACGUGCAUCAGCGCAAGAUCCUUCACCGUGAUGUCAAGACGCAGAACAUCUUCCUCACCCACGAAAACCUGAUCAAACUAGGCGACUUCGGCAUUGCUCGCACGCUGGCGAACACGUACGACCAGGCCCAGACGUUUGUGGGCACGCCUUACUACCUGUCCCCUGAGCUGAUUUUGGAGAAGCCCUACGACCACCGUAGCGAUGUGUGGGCACUCGGCGUAGUCCUGUACGAGAUGCUCACGCUCAAACACCCUUUCAAUGCAAAGGACAUGAAAGGACUGCUACAGCGCAUCCUCGCUGUGCAUUAUGACCCUCUACCAACCGUGUACAGCGCCGAGCUGCGGGACAUAGUGGCGCAGAUGCUGGUGCGAGACCCAGCUGGACGGAUCAAGCUGGAGGACAUCUUGCAGAUACCGAUAGUUCGUCAGCGCCUUAAGCAGUGGUUCAAAGAGCCCGACGUCGUGCCGCAACACUACAUACGCUCCCUCUGCAAGCACCAGCUGCUGCCUGAUUUCCAGGAUGAGGCAACUGCCGUGCCCUCCACCAGGUUCGCCGCCAGGGCUGCCGCGGCCAUGGCGCACGAAGAGUGGCGCACCACCUCUGAGGCCACCUCAGCCCAGACGGAUGUGGAUGUCUGCGCCCGCAACGAUACUGACACGCUUCCACAUGUGACGCCAGGUGGGCCCUUCUCCAUCCCAUCCACAGCCGCGCGUGCAGCGGCGGCUGCGUGUACCUCAAAUGCAGACAAUGGAUCUUCAGACGGAGUGCGACCCUCCAUACCGGCUCUCAAGCCGUAUAGCAACCUGCCACAAAUGGGAAUGGCGUCACCGCAGCUGUAUGCGCCCCAGCCGCCACAAAUGCAUCCACGGGUACAGAGCAACAACAGAGUUUCUAGCCCCUCGCGGCUAUUCAGAUCACCUUUUAGCACCCCCAGCGUCGCACGAUCUGCUGCGCUGCCGAUCUCUCGGCAGCAAGGCGAUCCCGUGAGCCAAUCCUCUCAAGUACCGCUGCCGUUGCAGCGACCCACUGCUCGCGCCAAGGCUCCCAGCAGGCUCUACGCACGUCCCUACAUGGCGCAGCCCCACCUGUCCCCAUCGCCCGGCUACCUUCUCGCGGCCAACCCACGCAAGAACGCGGGAGACGUGCGGCGUCAGCAAGGCAGCAGGGCCACAGACCCCUACCUGAACCCUCUGUUUUCUCCGCCUCGCCAGAUGGCGCCUGCAUACAGGCCACUAGCUCCUCCCUUCCCCCCGCCGCCCGACAUCAAGGCAAUGCUGCAGCGGGCCGCCGCCGAGCGUGCACGUCGCUGA